AAUCACUCACUUUGCUUUCCAUUUUGCCCCCUUAAAAAGUUCUCAAGUCUCCCCCUUGAAUCCAAUCUCUUCAAAGCUUGGUUCUCAGACAUUCAAACUCGUAAAUUUUGAGGUAAUCAAGAUAAAAUGAUUUUUAUUAGUUUAUAUAAAAUAAUACACAGUUUCUUAAUAAUAAAAAAUCUCAUUUGAUUUAGUUUUAUAUAUGUAUAUAUAUACACACACUAUCAUUCAUCAAGUGGGUUUUGCUCUCUCUUUUUCUUCUCCUUAAUUAUAUCCUUUUCUUCCUUGCAAUGAUCUGGAUCUGGGUGUGAAGGCAAACUUAAUUAAUCUGAUUUUCAGCUUUUAAUAGAUCUUUUUGGAGUUUUAAUUUUCAGUGUUGUUAAUUUGAUCAUGACUUUGGGUUCUUGUUGAAUUCUUGCAGAACUUAAAUUUGAAAAAAAAAAAAAGAAAAAAAAAAGACAUUUAAUCAGUAAAGUUGAAAAUAAAAUACACAAUUGUUUCCAUAUUAUGCUUUGGCUAAUCUCUGUUCAGCACACAACCAUGUUGGUUUAUGAAGAAAACCUAGCUUUCAACACGUAGAGCAGUGAUCGGAUCGAAGAGGUGGAAUUUAGCAAUGUCAGGGCUGGAAUCAGGUUCAGGUUCUCGGUAUGUUCAUCAGCUACUCGGACCAGAGCUUCAGCUGCAACCCCAACUGAGGGACACCAGGCACUCACCGGAGAAAGAAGGAACCGAUCAUGGCGAUACCACCACCAGUUCUGGUGGUGGAGAAAGAAGGCCUCGAGGUCGUCCAGCUGGCUCCAAGAAUAAACCUAAACCACCGAUCAUCGUCACUCGCGACAGUCCAAAUUCACUAAGAUCCCAUGUGCUUGAAAUAUCUUCUGGUUCGGACAUAGUUGACUCGGUAGCAAACUACGCACGGCGGCGCGGUAGGGGUGUUUGUGUGCUCAGUGGAACCGGGGCUGUCACUAAUGUCACAUUGCGGCAACCGGCUGCCCCAUCCGGGAGUGUCAUAACACUACAUGGACGGUUCGAGGUUUUAUCUUUAACCGGUACUUCUCUUCCACCACCGGCGCCUCCUGGAGCAGGUGGCUUGACUAUAUAUCUCGCCGGUGGCCAGGGCCAAGUGGUGGGAGGCAGCGUGGCGGGUCCAUUGAUGGCUUCGGGUCCGGUUGUAUUAAUGGCUGCAUCAUUUGCCAAUGCAGUUUAUGAUAGGUUACCUCUUGACAACCAAGAGGAAGAGCCAGCAGUUCAGCUUCAACCAGCAGCUUCACAGACAUCUGGAGUGACCGGCAGUGGUGGUGGAGGGCAGUUGGGUGAUGGAGGCAAUGGCACCACCAGCAACAGCGGCGGCGCUACUGGAACUGGCGGUGGUGGAGGUGUUCCUUUCUAUAAUUUGGGAAGCUAUCCUUUUCCAGGUGAUGUAUUCGGGUGGAGCGGUACUGCAACAAGGCCUACCUUCUAGCCUAAGUUUGGCACUCUCGGUAAGUUUGAGUUCUUUGUACAAAACAUUAAUUCUGACAUCAUAUUCUAUAUAUAUAUAUAUAUAUAUAUAUCUUCUUUUUUGUUUCCUUUUUGUGGGAAUUUUCUUUCUCCUUCAAAACAUGGUUAAUUUAUAUAUGAACAGUAGAGAUUUUAUGAAAGAAA